CGGACGCUCGCAAUCUAUCCGCGCCGGUUCGAGUACGCGGAGCCCGCUGCAACGGCGAACCCGCUGCAACCCCGGUCCCGACAAGGAUUUAUCGCCUCGUCGCGUCGGAUCCUCGAAUUCGUCGAUCGCUGCCUGGACCAGCCGUCAUGUGGUCGCCCGCUAUCUGGAUUCUGAUGCUGGCGAUCAGCGAGCCCCUGCUCAGCCUCGCCGACAAGGUGGUGGUGGUGGUUCCGCAACAAAUAAGACGCAGCCCGGCACCCCAGUGGCGAUCCGUGACACCCCGAUUCAGAAAAUCCUCUCACGAGUCCCAUUUCCGUCGAUAUCACGGUCCGCAGGGGUACUAUCGUCGCAAGCGGCCCACGUACGCGGAUCUGCCCUACCCUCAUGGCGGAGACGACUUCGAUCAAGGUCACGAGACCGUGAACCACGUGCGAAUACCCUAUGGAAAGGACGUCGGUCACGCGAUUUCGUUCGGCAAGGGUUACAUACCUUACGAACACGCGAAGGGCAGCUUCUCCUUCGUCGGUGAAAAGUACCCGGGAGAUCCGGAGGAACCGAGCCAGGAGCCGGGGUACGAGGCGACCUCGUUCGCCGUAUCGGGGCCCGAGUACCAGUCGGGCCCGUCGAAUUCGAAUUCGAAUUCGAAUUCCUUCGAAUUGUCGCAGUCGGGUCCCGGCCCGUUGUUCGCGGACCCGGAGACGGCGCUCGGCUACGACGAGAGGCGCGACAAGUUGUACGCGUCGAGGUCGAUCGGCAAGGAGUCGACGGCGAACAGCCCGAUCGACCUGACCGCCGCCAUCGAUCGGAGCAAGCAGCAGCUCCUGCUCCUCCAGCAGAAGACGGCGGAGCUGUACGGGAACGCGGCGUCGCACCCUCGGGGCGAGGUGAUCCUGCCGGCCGGAAUCCCGGAGGCCACCAUAGGCGGCAGCAAGGAGGGCGUCGUGCUCGGAGGCAGCGUGUCCCUCGACGACUACCAGCAGAGGCUGCGCGAGAUGACCGAGUCGUGGCCCCGGUACCUCCUCCAGGCCGGCUCGGACCCGGGCCUGCCGGCUCACGGUUACCAAGCCCAAGGCCUGGCCCAAGCCCGGAUCCAGCAACCGAUCCACGGCUAUCAUCGGGCGGUUCAACAGCAGACCUCCUCUCCGUUCGCGGGAUCGUUCGGCUGGCCGUUGAACGUCGCGCAGUCGAAGAAGGGCUACGCCGUCAAAGAGGACACCAUGGAGCCGCCGCACGACUUCAGGUCCAUGCCGAUUCGGACCAACCCGUUCUCGGCUUCCCAGUCGUUCCCCCCCGUACAGGUCAACGCCGCUGUUCCGCGGCUCGUGCACCCGGUCAACGGGUAGCUCGAUCGAAUUCCGAGCGACCCGCGCGCGCGCGCGCGCGGUCGAGCUCCGCGAACGCGAGAACUCGGCCGCCGCGGCGCGCUCGGACUUGACAACCGCGGACCGUUCGAUCCGUGCGCAAUUAGGGUAGCAUAGGCGUUAUCGUUGUACAAAGACGGAGCGAGGAUAGGGUUCCCCCGACGAAAUGGGCGAGCGUUCGGUCGUAGUAGGUUGUUUCGUUGCGUUUUCGAGAAUACCGACGCAGCUUUUUUUUCUUGUUCCAUGCUCUCGCGUUCUUCCACGGAUUCGUCCGCGGCCGCGUUCGAAUCGCGGCAUCGCCGAUAAAAUCCGGCGAAUCGUUCGCCGAACGACCGAAAAUAGCGCGGCGACCGUUUUUCGAAUUUCGCGUCUCGGGUUCGACCGACCGUUCAACCGAUCGUCGGCUCGCGGUGCGUGCACGAUCGACGGCAACGGCUUUCCGUUGGUACGAUCGAUUCCAACGCGAGCAAACUCCGAGUUCCUGCGUAUAUCGGUGAAAGUUACUCUGUUUAUCCGAUCGAUAGACGACGCGACGCGCGACGCGCGACGGGUCGAGAGGUCGAGAGGUCGAGAGGUCGAGAGGUCGAGAGUCGGGAGGUCGAGGUUGGAAGGCGCUUCUAACCGUGGAAAGUUCCCUCGGCGUCGAUCUCGAUGAGAUCGCGCUCGACGCGUCGCGAUACCAAAAAUCGUCCAAAAAUAUUACUUUUGCCGUAAACGAUGUAGAGCGUGCGCGUAUCGAGGUGAAACUGUGUAGCGAGAGAUUAUUCCUAUUUCUAUUUCCAUUUCCAUUUUAAUUUCUACUUCUACUUCUAUUUCUAUCGAACGCGUUCGCUAGGAGACAUCGCGCGAUCUUUUCUGUUCCAUUUCAUUGUCGUAUACGCCGAGCGACGAAUCGUCGAUCGCUUCGGCAAAUGUUAUUAAAAAGAUUGUUCCGAGAAGGACAAGGGCGUUUGCUUCGAUUCGAACAAAUAAAGCUUUCGAUCCUUCCUUUUGCCACGAGCGGGCGCAGCCGCGCGAGAAAUCCGGAGAAAGCUGUUGAUGCCACGGAAAGAAAGGAACCGUAAAACGUUCCCUCGCCGGACGCGGUCGAUUAAUCCUUAGCGUCGUUCGCGCGCUCGUUACGCGCUCGAUUAUCGCUCGAUCAUCGCUCGAUCAUCGCUCGAAAGCCGCGAAUCCGAAUUCCAUGCAAAUCCGGACUCGUUAACGAACGAUCUGUAACAUUCGAGACCGCCGAAAGCUGGACCGCGUCGGCCUCGAGAUCGGCGAGCGUCGCGUUUUCGCUUCGAUCGAUCCGCAAAGAAUACUUGGAUUUCGCACGGUACGGACGACUUUGCGUUCCAGCUCGUCGAAUUUUUUCAAGUUGCUCUCGAAGUUCGAGCAGUCCGCUCGUUCGGCGCACCGACGCGAAAUUGCAUUUUCACCGAUUAAUUUGUCUUUCGUUGAUCGGAAAAUCGGAAAGUCGAAACGAUGCGAAUCCCUCGCGCGUCGAAGACACCGUUAACCUCGAUUUUCGAAAAAGCGUCCACCGACCGUCGCCGUCGUUCUUCCAUCUAGAAUUUACACGCUCGACGUUGCGAUGGAUAACGAAUAAAUCGUUGAUUCUGACGCUUGUUUACGACAACUACCAUAUUGUACGAGUUUAUGAAAUACACAUCUACGAACACGAAUUCAUCGAAA